GGACACUCUAGGGCCAAAGUCUGGCGUCCAAAUCCCUGACUUUCUGUCACAUGUCAUGCAAAGAUCUAUGUCCGUAUGCGUCUCGUGUGGGAUAGGGAAAUGACUGGCUGCAAAGUCCGCAACAGGACUUGAUUCCAUGUGAUCCUUCAAGGCUGCCAGUUUCAAGACUCUGGUAAUGUGAUAUUCUACUGCGCGAUGGCUGUUCGAACGUUCAAGCGUCCAUCCAAGUCUUGAGAUCUCACACUUGAUCACGGUGAGGUUGAUGAAAAUGGAAGUGAUGAAAAAGUAUUCCACAGACCUGGAAAUGACAUAGCGACGUGGACUCCGAUUGAUUCCAGGCCAUCCCGUUGGUCUAGGCAAAACAUGCAGUCCGGCCGCACUAGUGUGGGCGCAAGAUUCGCACGUGCACCAAAUGUUUGUUUGUGUAACAAUAUUUUCACCCGCCGAGCACUUUACAUAAACUUGUCCCACAAUAUUGGCAUAGGAUGGUACCAGUAUAACAACUUAAAAGCAAGUGCUUCGACGGUCAUCAUGCUCUCCUCAAUUGUGCUCUUCGCAAGUCUCGUUAACCUUGUGUCUAGUGCGGCUGUGAAUAAUAUACGACCCCUAGUAAUAUGGCACGGAAUGGGUGACACCUACGCAUCUCCUGGUAUGGACAGCUUUCAGAGUGAAGUCAAGGAAAUGUACCCCGGCAUAUUCGUCCACUCCAUCUACAUCGAUGAAGACCCAAAUGUAGACCAGCGUGCAGGUUUUUAUGGCAAUGUGAAUCAACAAAUCGUGCAAGUUGCCCAGCAGCUCGCUGAGAUACCCGAACUAAGCCGCGGUUUCGAUGCCAUAGGAUUCUCACAAGGAGGUCAAUUCCUUCGUGGCUACGUGGAGCGCAAUAACAGCCCGCCGGUGCAUAACUUGAUCACCUUUGGGUCACAACACAUGGGUGUAUCAAGUUUACCAGCCUGCAACACGUGGGAUCUACUUUGCCGGGUCGCACGUCGAGCAGCAAAUAGGGGUGUGUAUAGUGAAUGGGCACAGGAUAAUCUUGUUCAGGCUCAGUAUUUCAGAGACCCGCACCGGCUCUCGCAAUACAUGGAGUCAGGGAGCUUUCUACCGGACAUCAACAAUGAAGUCUUGCUCCCGUCUUCUCGCAAUCUAUCAUAUGCAGAUAACCUUGCCUCGCUAAAUAAGCUUGUCCUUGUUCUCUUCCUCCAAGACAAAACUGUAGUCCCAAAGGAGAGCGCUUGGUUCGGCUCCGAGCAACCUAUUGAAGACAUCACUAUGGACCAAGCAUCUGGAUCCCAUCAGACGCCGAUGUUCGGUGGAGUGAACACCAAAGACAUCAUCCCGAUGCAUCUACAAAACCUUUACAAAGAAGACUGGAUAGGCCUUCGACAGCUUGACGAACGCGGACGUAUUGACUUUGUGGCAUGUCAGGGAGAGCAUAUGCACAUCGGUGAUUGCUGGAAAGAUUUGGUGGCUGAGUGGGUGGGAGGAUCUCUGGGCGCGGAUUGAGGUACAUCCUGACAGGAUGCCGCAUGCGCCACACUGACAUUACACAGUCUGUACACUGCCAGCGCUUGUUCGGCGCGCCACUAUUGAUUGGGUCUUGUUCUAUGUGAAACAGACACUGCGUCACGAUUUGUCCCACUAGUAGUUGUUCACAUCAUGUCGCAGUACUCAAAAAUAUCAAUAUUUUAUAUAAGUGUCA